GGGUCGAAGAAGGGGCGACGGGGUGGUCCCCAGCGGCGGGGGCGCGCCCUCCGCCCUCCCUCACGCUCUUGCUCUCGUCUCUCUCUUACCAGCGGGCAGCCGGGUGAGCCGGGAACUGCGCUAUACGAAGGAGAAGCUGGGGGAGGAGGCCGUGUACACCUCGCAGAUGCUCAUCCAGACCCCGCGGCGGGAGGGCCAGAACAUCCUGAGCCCCGAGGCCCUGGGGCUGCACCUCCAGGCCGCCCUCGCCGCCAGCAAAGUGCAGGUGUCGCUCUACGGAAAGUCCUGGGAUCUGAACAAAAUCUGCUACAAGUCGGGAGUCCCGGUCAUCGAGAACGGGAUGAUCGAGCGGAUGAUCGAGAAGCUGUUUCCCUGCGUGAUCCUCACCCCGCUGGACUGUUUCUGGGAAGGAGCCAAACUCCAGGGGGGCUCGGCCUACCUACCGGGCCGGCCCGACAUCCAGUGGACCAACCUGGACCCCGAGCAGCUGCUGGAGGAGCUGGGCCCCUUCGCCUCCCUGGAGGGCUUCCGGGAGCUGCUGGACAAGGCCCAGGUGGGCCAGGCCUACGUGGGGCGGCCCUGCCUGCACCCCGACGACCCCCACUGCCCCCCCAGCGCCCCCAACCGACACAGCGGCCAGGCUCCGGACGUGUCCCGGGAGCUGAGCGGCGGCUGCCACGGCUUCUCCCACAAGUUCAUGCACUGGCAGGAGGAGCUGCUGCUCGGGGGCAUCGCCAAGGACCGCCAGGGCCGCCUGCUCAGCGCCGAGGCCCUGCAGACCACCUUCCUGCUGAUGAGCCCCCGGCAGCUGUACGAGCACUUCAAGGGCGACUACGAGACCCACGACAUCGGCUGGAGCGAGGAGCAGGCCGGGGCCGUGCUGCAGGCCUGGCAGCGCCGCUUCGUCCAGGUGGCUCAGCGGGCGGUGCCCGAGAACGCCACGCAGCGCGUGCACGCCUUCUCCACCACCACGCUGGACGACAUCAUGCGCUCCUUCUCGGACGUCAGCGUGGUCCGCGUGGCCGGCGGCUACCUGCUCAUGCUGGCCUACGCCUGCGUGACGAUGCUGCGGUGGGACUGCUCCAAGUCCCAGGGCGCCGUGGGGCUGGCGGGAGUGCUGCUCGUGGCCCUGUCGGUCGCCUCGGGCCUCGGCCUCUGCUCGCUGCUGGGCAUCGCCUUCAACGCGGCCACCACCCAGGUGCUGCCCUUCCUGGCGCUGGGCAUAGGGGUGGAUGACAUGUUCCUCCUGGCUCACGCCUUCGUCGAGGCCCCGCCCGGCACCCCCGUGCAGGAGCGGACGGGCGAGUGCCUGCGGCGGACGGGCACCAGCGUGGCGCUCACCUCCGUCAACAACAUGGUCGCCUUCUUCAUGGCCGCCCUGGUCCCCAUCCCGGCCCUCCGGGCCUUCUCCCUGCAGGCGGCGGUGGUGGUGGGCUGUAACUUCGCGGCCGUCCUGCUCAUCUUCCCGGCCGUCCUCAGCCUGGAUCUGCACCGGCGCCACCACCGGCGCCUGGACGUCCUCUGCUGCUUCUCCAGCCCGUGCUCCUCUCGGGUCAUCCAGAUCCAGCCCCAGGAGCCGGCGGAAGGGACGCCGCCCGCCGGGCCCGGCCGCCUGACGGCCACGGUGCAGGCCUUCGCCCGCUGCGACGCCGCCGGCCGGCACGUGGUCACCGUCCUGCCCCCCGGCGCCCGCCCGGCCCCCCCGCCCCCGGACCCGCUGGGCUCCCAGCUCUUCGGGCCCGCGGGCUCCACCCGCGACCUGCUGGGGCAGGGGGAGGGCCCGGGGAGGGAGCGGGCCUGCGGCACGCUGCCCUGCGCCCGCUGGAACCUGGCGCACUUCGCCCGCCGCCAGUACGCCCCGGUGCUGCUCCGGGGGCACACCAAGGGGGCCGUGCUGGUGCUCUUCGGGGCCCUCCUGGGGCUGGGCCUCUACGGGACGACCCUGGUGCGCGACGGGCUGGAGCUGACGGACGUGGUGCCCCACGGCACCAAGGAGCACGACUUCCUGGCGGCCCAGCUCAAGUACUUCUCCCUGUACGAGGUGGCCGUGGUCACGCAGGGCGGCUUCGACUACGCCCGCUCCCAGCGGGCCCUGCUGGACCUCCACCGCCGCUUCGGCGCCCUCAAGGCCGUGCUGCCCGCCCCCGCCCACCAGCCGCCCCGCACCUGGCUGCACUACUAUCGCGACUGGCUCCGAGGGAUCCAGGCCGCGUUCGACCGGGACUGGGCGGCCGGACGCAUCACCCGCCACUCCUACCGCAACGGCUCCGAGGACGGGGCCCUGGCCUACAAGCUGCUCAUCCAGACCGGGGACCCCAAGGAGCCGCUCGACUACGGCCAGCUGACCACGAAGCACCUGGUGGACGCGGAAGGUCUGAUCGCCCCGGAGGUCUUCUACGUGGGGCUGACGGUGUGGGUGAGCAGCGACCCCCUGGGCCUGGCCGCCUCCCAGGCCAACUUCUACCCCGCCCCGCCCGAGUGGCUGCACGACAAGUACGACACCACGGGGGAGAACCUGCGCAUCCCGGCGGCGCAGCCCCUGGAGUUCGCCCAGUUCCCCUUCCUGCUGAGCGGCCUGCGGCAGACGGCCGACUUCGUGGAGGCCAUCGAGGGGGCGCGGGCGGCCUGCGCGGAGGCGGCGCGGGCGGGGGUGCGGGCCUACCCCAGCGGCUCCCCCUUCCUCUUCUGGGAGCAGUACCUGGGCCUGCGCCGCUGCUUCCUGCUCACCGUCUGCAUCCUGCUGGCCUGCACCUUCCUCGUCUGCGCCCUGCUGCUGCUCAACCCCUGGACCGCCGGGCUCAUCGUGCUGGUGCUGGCCAUGAUGACGGUGGAGCUCUUCGGCAUCAUGGGCUUCCUGGGCAUCAAGCUGAGCGCCAUCCCCGUGGUCAUCCUCAUCGCCUCCGUGGGCAUCGGCGUCGAGUUCACCGUGCACGUGGCCCUGGGCUUCCUGACGGCCGGGGGCGGCGGGCGGGACCUGCGGGCCGCCCGGGCCCUGGAGCACACGUUCGCGCCGGUGACCGACGGGGCCGUGUCCACCCUGCUGGGGCUGCUCAUGCUGGCCGGCUCCGACUUCGACUUCAUCGUCAGGUACUUCUUCGUGGUGCUCACCGUGCUCACCGUCCUGGGGCUCCUCAACGGGCUGGUGCUGCUGCCCGUGCUCCUCUCCGUCGUCGGGCCCCCCGCCGAGGCGCCGGCCUCGGACCGCGCCGGCCCCCUGCCCUCGCCCGACGCGGCGCCGCCGCCCCUCGGCCCCCGGGCCUUCUUCGGAGGAUCCGGGCCGCCCUUCCGGGAAGCGGAGGGGGGCGCGGGGGACGCCCCCGGCGCCUACAUCCUGCCGCCCGCCCACUCCCACAUCCUGCUGGAGGCCAGCAAGGAUCCCAACUUCCCCACCAUCACGGUGGUGCAGACCUACAAGGACGGGCCGGAGGGCCGGGGCCCGCCCCCCGCCCCCGAGCCCAAGUGGGGUCCCCGGGGGGGGCCGCGGCCCACCCUGCCCGGCGGCUUCGCCACCCUGACGGCCUCGGUGACCGUGGCCCUGCACCCGCCCCCGCUGCCCGGGGGCUGCGCCCACGAAGGCUUCGAGGAGGGCGAGGCGGCCCGGCCCCCCGGGGCCUUCCCCGCGGCCCCCCCGGGCCCCAAGGACGCGGGCGGACACAGCUGCUGAGGUCCUACGACGCGGAAGUGACCAAAGGAAGCGAAGAGCCCGAGCCCCCCCGCCGCCGCUGCUGCUGCUGCUGAGCCCCCGCCCCUCCC